AUGCAUAAUUCUGAAUAUUUUGCGGGCGAUACGACGCGCGACAGCAUUCAUCACAACACAAUGCUAUUCACACUGCUUAUGCUAACGCUAUCAAUGGAGGUUUCAUUGGCUCCUGUUUGUGAACCACAAAGUCCCUUUCCGGCUGCACCUCAAACUCCUCAGCCACAGCAAACAAAUGGACAACCACCGAAUAACCCAUUACUAAAUCCGUCUCCGAAUAAUCCAAAUACCGAACCACAAACAAACCCAGCCAACGGCAUAAAAUUGAUUUUAAUCAUCUUUCCAGAACCACCAUCUACCUCUGAAUGUACAUCUGAAUCGAAUUCUGAUUGUGGCAGUUCUAGUACGGAUUACUGUAGUGAAUCAAGCUCAAGUUCUUCAUGCUGA